GCUGUAGGUUUCAGUCACGACCUUAGCUGAUAUCUAAUUAGUGGGGAUUAUCUACACCUCUCCGCUUUUUGUGCAGGCUGAGUGAAUUAUUGUUUUAAGGGAUUUUGAGUGGCUUAAAGGGGAUCUGACAAGUCCGCUGUCCAAGUCGCAAGUAAAAGUAUGAAAAGACAGAAACUGGUGGUGAUGAUUCCUUGAUGAGGGACAUGAUUAUGUGGGCUAAAGCGAGAAAGCGAAUCAGCGGGAUUAAACGUGAUCAGCCUGAAAGGAUCAUCCAAUGCUUAAACCUGCAUAUAACUUACAGUUUUUUAAUAUUUUAUCAAAAGUCAAACUAAACAUAUUAUGAAAUAAAAUGACCUUGCAAUGCUACAUUUUAAUUGUCAUAGCCCUUACGUGUCUUAUGUGUCUUUACUCGUGUAAAUCCCAGACUGUUUUCGCACCAAGUUGUUUCCCAGGGAAACAUCUAUUAUCCUAUUAUCACAACGGUGCCAAUUUCGCCGAUGUGUGAGGCGGUAUUUACAUGACUAUAUACUGUCACUCCUGAAAAGCUGUAAGGCUUUGUAGUACCCAGUGUCCCCAUGGGAUACUGGUGCCAUGUUUCAAGUGAUUCUAUUUAUAUUAUCUUUUAGCUAAGCUAUCUUCGAUUUGUGUGCACAUAAAGAUGAACAAUAAUCACCACAAUGAACCCAUACAGAGAUUACUUUUUGUGUGAAUAAUGAUCUUCUAUUAGUCUAAAAUAAUACUUUUAUUCUUAAAUGUCUCCAAAUCCGGGGGAUUAUUAGAAGAUGGUUUUAAUUAUUCUAUACGUAGUGCUCAUAUGGAUUCACAUAUACUGACACACAUACAUAUACUUUAAAUCCAUGCAUAUACUUUGUUUUUAUAAUUAGCAUCAGAGCCUGCGAACAACAGGUGAAUUCGUCUGCGUUGCUUCUUUGAAGUGCACUUAUGCACCGACAGUUCCUAUUUGUCCAUGGGAAGCCCCAGCCAAUGUCGUUGACGCAUUUCACAGUAAAAUGUUACUUGCUGGACAAAUCUGUCUGUCAAAGGGGGCACGACCAUAUAAAUAUCAUGAGCGCCGAGUAGGGCGACAAACUUCAGUCGCCUCCUUCUUUUCUUGGCGCUCACAUCUGGAAUACGUCACACUAGCCUCUGCUUGGAAUACACACGCUAUGCAACCACUGAAUUUCUCUGCAGUCUUGGUUCUGUUCCUGUGUUGUCUUUUUCAGCUGUCAUCUGCUUGGUAUGUCCUUUUUUUCUCUCGUAAAGAAAGUUGUAAAUGCUAUAGUUUCUAUGGGUUUGCAAUUGGUAAAAUAACUUACAGGUUUAACAUAGCUAUCUUUUUUCCCCUCAACAGGACCAUGAAUAAUUUCUUGAUGACUGGACCUAAGGCCUAUCUGACCUAUGCCAGCAGCGUACGAGUGGGCGCACAGAGUGGGAUACAAGAGUGUAAACGCCAAUUCGCUUUGGAGAAGUGGAACUGUCCAGAGAACACGCUUUCUUUGUCCCCACACAACGGCAUGCGGAGUGCCACAAGGGAAACUUCUUUCGUCCAUGCCAUCAGCGCUGCCGGAGUGAUGUACACGCUCACCAAGAACUGUACGGCUGGGGACUUUGACAACUGCGGCUGCGAUGACUCCAAAAUUGGACAGCCGGGCGGUGUAGGGUGGAUUUGGGGAGGAUGCAGUGACAAUGUUGCUUUUGGGGAGAAGAUCUCCAAACAGUUUGUGGACGCGCUGGAAGAUGGGCAUGACUCGCGCGCAGCGGUCAACUUGCAUAACAACAAGGCAGGCAGACUGGCAAUCAAAGCAACCAUGAGGAAAGCCUGCAAAUGUCACGGAGUAUCUGGAAGCUGCACCAUCCAAACCUGCUGGAUGCAGAUGGCCGAUUUCAGAGAAGUGGGCAACUACUUGAAGAUGAAGUACAAACAUGCAAAGGAACUGGAAAUGGACAAGAAAGCGGCGAGAGCAGUGAACAGCGCGGACAACCGAGACGCAGUCGCGCACACUUUUUUGAGCGUCGCUACAACGGAACUCAUUUACCUGGAGAGUUCUCCAAAUUACUGCGUCAAGAACCAGACCCUCGGACUCCACGGUACAGAGGGACGGGAGUGCUUUAAGGAGGACAAGAACAUGUCCGAGUGGGAGAAAAAUAGCUGCCGCAGAUUGUGCAAUGAAUGCGGCCUAAAAGUGGUGAAGAAGCGCACAGAGGUUUUCACCAGCUGCAACUGCAAAUUUCACUGGUGUUGCACAGUCAAGUGUGAAAAAUGCAAGCGAGUUGUAGCCAAAUACUUUUGCGCGCACAAAAGUGGGAGGAAAAAGAACAAAAAAGGCAGGAACAGUGCGCAUCAACGAUGACUGGGAUCUCUUGCAAAAUUUGAACUCUUCACAUUAUUCGAUAAAUAUGACUUUCAUCAUAUUAACCAGUUUUAUAUUUACGACCUACAUGAGAAAUUAUUCUGCAUCACAUGAAUGUUAUUUACAUUUUUUAGCUAAAGUCCUUUAAAGCACCUUUCCCCCCUUUAGUUUUGAAUAGAGUGUGUAUAGGUCAAAUUUUGUCUUGUGGACCAAAAUCUCCAAGCAUUGGAGCAACAGUAGCAGUGUUGGGAACUUGGGAGUUCCGAGGAUGUUUGUUCGCUGUUUAUCACGUGUGACUACUGAAAUUGGUUUAAUAUUUAAAAGUCUACCUAAUAAUUAUUUAAAAUAAUAAAUAUUUUUAUACAA